GAUAUGGAGGCCAAUAAAGACUGAUUGAGAUAAGAAACUGAAGAAAACAUGGAACACUUUGAUGUCGACUUAUUGUUAAAACUGUAUUUAAUCAGUAUAAUAACAGUAAAUUGUAACGCUGCUGCGCCAAAAGAUUCAUACGAGAGUCAAAUACCUACACACGGAUUAUACAAUGCCAGUGAUAAUGUAAUUAUCCUAAAUGUCACUAACUUUAAGUCAUCUGUCUACGGAAAUACUAAAGGAUGGUUAGUCGAAUUUUAUAAUAGUUGGUGCGGCUUUUGUUUCCGAUUUGCACCUUUGUGGAAAGCUUUCGCUAGCGAUGUUCACGCAUGGAGAGAUAUUGUAGUAGUUGCUGCGAUAGAUUGUGCAAAUGAUGACAAUAAUCCUAUUUGUCGUGAAUAUGAAAUUAUGAAUUAUCCUAUGCUCAAAUAUUUUUCUGUAAAUGCGCAUCCAUCGUCAUUAGGAUUAUUGAUGGAAAAAUCUGAAACUGUUACCGAGCUCAGAAAUAAUUUAAUCGAUUUAUUAGAAAAGGAACAGCAAGAAGGACGUGGCACUUCGUGGCCUAAUAUCACGCCAUAUAGAAAUUAUGAAACCACAAAUAUUUGGAAAGCUGUACCAAGUACUGUAAAAUACUUCUUUCUAUUGUUUGAAAAAACAGACUCACAUUUAGGUGCAGAAGUUAUAUUAGAUAUGUACAAGAUCACAAUAUUACAAAUAAGGAGGGUAACAUCCGAUAAUGAGUUAUUGUGCGAGACAAAUAAAAUUACCAAUUUUCCAAGUUUGAUAGUUUUCAGUCGUAAUGACACACAAAAAUCUCUUAAAAUCAAAGUACCGACGAGAGAAGGCGCCUAUAAUACUAUUAAAGAAUUCAUGAUUUCAAAAGGAGAACAUAUCAAUGAACAAGUCCUUAUGAAAAAUCGUUCGAUAGAAACUGUAAAUCAUAAAUUGAGUAUUAGUACUCCAAAACAGCCUCAAGAAACAGAAAUAACUGGUGAUCAUUUGUAUCAGCUAGAUUUAGAGAAUACUUUGAGAUACUCGAUCAGUCAUGAAAUUCCACUACAUAAAAUAAUAAAAGAAGAAAAGAUGAAUGCAUUAAAAAAGUACCUGAAUGUAUUAGCUGAAUAUUUUCCUUUAAGGCAUAGUAAUAUCUUUUUAGAAACUAUUCGCGAUAUUAUUAAAAAAAGGACCAAUAUAUCUGGAGAGGAAUUUAGUCACAUAGUUAAAUCCACAGAAGAAGAAAUAUCACCUAUAUAUUCGGGACCCCCACAAUGGAUUGGGUGUAAAGGAAGCAAAGAAGGAUACCGUGGAUAUUCUUGCGGUCUUUGGACAAUGUUUCAUAUGUUAACAGUUAAUUUUGCUAUUGAACACAAAAAUACUGAACGUGAACCGAAAAAGAUAUUAGAGGCAAUGCAUGGAUACAUAAAACAUUUUUUUGGGUGUGCCGAUUGCGCUGAACAUUUUGUACAAAUGGCUGCAAAAAAUAAAAUGUUUGAUGUGUCCAAUAUUAAUGAGAGUGUUCUAUGGUUGUGGUCAGCUCAUAAUGAAGUCAAUGCAAGAUUGUCAAACGAUGAUACAGAAGAUCCUAAACAUAAGAAGAUUCAAUAUCCAGCAGCGAAACACUGUCCAAUUUGCAGAUAUGAAAAUAAUACUUGGAAAGAAGAAAACGUUUUAUAUUAUCUCAAAACAAAGUAUAGCUAUAAAGGAAUCAAUUAUUACGGUUCAACCAACAAGCUUAAAGAUAAUGGUGACAAAAUGAAAAUAAGACAGGAAAGACUUGUAUUUAAUAAAUACCCAAGUACUAAAAAGCUUGGGUGGGAUUUUACAAUUUUUGAUAUAAGUAUUUGUGUUGUGUUGUACGUUGCAUCUGCUGUCAUACUUAUAUUAGUCUGUGUAAAGUUUGCAGUGAAAAGGACUUAUAGGAAAAGAGCAUAUGUUAACUUACUUGGCAAAGUAUGACUUUUAUUUUUAUUCAUUAAAAUUAUUAAAAUAUAACUGUUUAUACAUGUAUUGUAUGUACAUAUUUUAUUCUCUUUCUUCACAAUAUUAUUUCUUUUAAGGAAAUACAGUGUUCA